AUGGCUGUCGGGUCGUACUUCUCGUACACCCAAAUCCUGAGCGACGCAGCACCUUUGCAGGACCCAGAAAACCUCGUCAGCGUCGACUCGUCCGUGCACUCGUUCCCUGUGGUCACGUCUGACUACCUAUUGCAAACGCCGUUCCAACUGCUUGGCUACGGCAUCAGAACGGUCACCUUUCUGAACAUGAAGGUGUACGCUCUGGGAAUUUAUGUGGCCAGACAAGACCUGCCGUUGCUGAAAAAGACACUCACCAGCAUCAGCCCCGACCCGUCGCAGGUGGCCUUCAGUCUGAGAGACCCGGCCCUGUCGCCGCAGGUGGUGGAGCUGCUGUUAUCUUCUGGUGUGCGGUUUUCUGCCAAGAUCGUGCCUGUGCGAAACACCGAUUUCAACCAUCUGAGAGACGGCCUGAUUAAAUCAAUUAAAUCCAACCCGAAAUACAAGGAGCUGGCGAAGCGGGGCGACGGAACAGACGAGAAGCUGGCCGCUGGGCUGGACCAGCUGCGGAAGGCUUUUGGGGCCCGCAAAGUGACCGCGUCGAAAAAUUCCACCCUGAUGCUACAGCUUCUGGACGACGGGAAGCUGGCAUUGUCGUUCCAACAGUACACUACCCGGGACCAGAUGGCGGAGCCGUUCAGCAUGGGCGUUGUUGAGGAGCCGCUGAUCGGCCGGCUACUGUUUAUGAGCUAUCUUUCCGGAGCCAAGCCGCUCAGCGAGCCUGCGCGGGCCAAGGCAAUCGACGGAUUUAUUUCCUUGUUAUGA